AUGCUACGAAGAAGCCUCCUUCGAGCAACUGCACGUCAUCAACCUCACUGCACGCGCAACCCAACUCUCCGCCGCUACGCCACAGACCCCGUAUCGCCCGUCACGGCGCCAACAUCCCAAUCGCGAAUCGACCGCUUCAACCGGCGCCUACCCAAGUUCCUGCACAAAUACACGAAUGCCCUCGGCAACGCGCCCGUCACACACAUAACCUCGUUCCUCAUCCUCCACGAACUCACCGCCGUAAUCCCCCUCUUCGGCCUCGCGGGCUACUUCCACUACACGCACUGGCUACCACCCUGGAUCGCAGAAGGCGCAUGGAUCGCAUCGGGCGUGGAGCGCUUCGGUCGGUAUUUCAAGCGUAAAGGUUGGAUCCGUGGCGAGGAGGCGCUGGAGGCGGAGCGCGAGGUGGACGAUAUGCAGAAGAAGCAGAAGUUGCGGACGGUGGAUCAGGCGUGGAAUGUGGGUGAGGGGGGUGUUAGGCUAGUGGUGGAGUUUGCGACGGCGUAUGCGGUUGUUAAGAUGUUUUUGGUGCCCAGGAUUGUGUUUAGUGUGUGGGCUACACCCACGUUUGCGAGGUGGACGGUUGCGCCUGUGCUGAGUAGGUUUAGGAGGAUGUUUGGGAGGAGGAAGGGUGUGGAGGGUAAGACGGCUGGGGCAGGGACGGGUGCUGUAGGAGGGGGUGCUGUGCCGAAGAGUGGGGUAGGUAAGAAUUGA